AUGUACGAUGGGUACUGUGGACCCACUCCUGUGGCUCGGCCUCGUCGUCGCGCACACGCAACGCCCAACAGAAAGGAUGAAGAUGCACUGGUCUACAAAGGCGCGACGUGUAAUUCCUACUGGAACAUUUGGAGCUGUCAUGAGUCGCGAUCAGAUCCGUGCGAUUUCACGAUUCCUGUAUCUCUCCGACAACGACGCGCUCACUUUACGAAGUGAUCGAGCGUGGAAGCUCCGCCCCAUGUUUUCGACGUUGGAGACGACCUUCACAGCAUCACAGCCGCUAUGUUCGUUAAACCAAAUGCAGAAAUAUUGUACUCACUGCAGUCGCAAAAA